AUGAAGGGGGGAUUGUGUAUUAUCUAUACGUCGUUGCUGACCAUAUCAGUUUUAUCGAGCUGUGCCCUUUUCAUACUGGUGGUUUCUGAGGCCCUGCAAGGCGAAGAUGACAAAGUCGACUUGUCCGGCCUUAGUAACGUCAGUCAGAAGCUGUCUUCUGUUGAAAAGGAUGCCAUUCCAGAAGCUCUUUCUGGUGACACCAAAUAUGAACCAGAUGUUACUGAUAAAAAGCAAGUGGAAGACCAAGAGAUGAUAUUUCCUGAGACGCUGUCUGUGAACUCUGUGACAACUGAUGGG